CAUGGCGGCGUCCGUGGUGUUCGCAGUUUCUAUUUCGCAGAGGGCGGCUGCUUUUUUACCGUGCGUACGCCGUUGCGUUUCAAGGCCAUCGGCGGCACUUUUCGCACCGCAGUCAAAAGUUCGCUUCUUCAGCGACGACCGUUCGUCCUCUGCAAGCCGUCUGACGGAGCGCAAGACCGGUGCGUACGAUAAGUGGAUAUUGGCUCUUUACAAGAGGUAUCCAAAGGGGCAGGUUCCAGAUUUUGUUCCGUCUGCCAUCAUUGAGAAGACGCGCAACAAGGCGCGCAUCCACUUGAACCUAAUUUUGGCGUUCUUAACUCUCAUGGGUGCAUUUCUGGCUGCUUCGUCGGGACGACGACGACAGGAGCGCGGCGAUAGCGUUACCAAGAUGAACCUGGAAUGGCACGAAAAACAGAAAGGCUCAUAACUGGCAGGGAAAUAGUUUUAUUCUCCUCCCCGAGGCUCUAUGUACACAGGGGUGGCGGGGCCCCGGGCAAAUAAAUACAGUUUGUUUUCUUC